AUGGCUGCAGCUACUACAAGUCGGCCUAGCGGCCCGGUCCUGUCCAUACCCAGCUACCGCUCCGCCUCGCCCACCCGCGUCAAGCUCGCCGGCAGCAGCGGCCCCACCCGCUCGCCGGCCAAGUCCGUCAGCGUCUCGUCCCCGCCCUCCACCAGGAGCCGGCGGUCCUGCAUGUGCUCCUCGACAAACCACCCUGGCUCGUUCCGGUGCAGCCUCCACAAGGAGCGCAAGCAGGCGUCCCUCGCCGUGAGCAGCAAGCCGGCCUCCCCGCCGUCCAUCCGCAGUAGCUGCAGCCUGGGCUCGAAGCGCAUGGAUAGCGCUCAGUGUGCCCGCAGAACCCUCGUGCCGUCCCCCGCAGCGCAGCAGUCACAGCACCGGAGGCGCGCGGGCGGGUUCCGCCCCAGGCCCAGCCGGCUCUCAGCCGUCUCGGUGGCCGGCGAGCGUCCAGGCGACAACCAGUAA